AUGACGCGAAUGAAUUUUGAUACACGCUCACAAAAUGCUUGGAAAGAACUGAUUGAAAAAGAAUCUGUCACUCGUAUCUCAUGGCAUCGAAAAUUUCAAGCAACUUCAAACGAAGAUGAAUGGUUUAAACGUGCCUUUUACACUCAAGCCACAUCGAAACCUGUUGCCCAAACUCUACCAACAAUUGUUCUACCUCCGAAACCUAAACGUCGCUAUGAUUCCAGCGUUACAGUAAAUCAAUUACGAGAAAAGCUCGAUGUUGAACAUAACCCAGAUAUUCUGAAAGAAAUGUAUCCAGUGAAAAAAGAACAUCAACAUCUUCUUUAUGAUGGAUUUUCAGCAGAAGAUAAAGGUCGUUUUAGAUAUUUAAAAGUACGUCAAGAGGUUGCACCCGAUCAAAAAUAUCAAUAUCCUAUUUCAAGUUCGAUGGAAUAUGGAUGGAAAUUAGAUGAAAAUGCUCAUCAAUAUCAAACUCCAAUUCAUGCACGAGGAAAAUUCAUUGAAGAAUCAUUCUAUCGAACAAAUGGGGCAUUUCAAUGA